AUGAACCAGAUACUUGGCGCCGAGCACUUCGUGGUGUACAACUACAGCAUCUCCCCGGCUGUUGACCAAAUUCUCCAGCGCUACCAGCAGGAUGGUCUGGUCACCGUUCUCCCAUGGCCGGUUCCAACCCUGGAUGUCCAUUCCUAUGGACAAAUGGCUGCAUUGAAUGACUGUUUUUACCGAAACCGCAACAUCUCCAGAUUUGUGGUUGUUGUCGAUACUGACGAGCUAAUCAUUCCCAGAAAUCACUUUACUUGGAUGGAGUUACUUGAUACUAUCUCCCCUGAAGAACACGACGUUUCGGCUUUGAUGCAUCCAUCAGACCCAUCAAGAAAACGGUUUAAAACAACUGGAAGCUUUGACUUUAGAUCAAGUUUCUUCAAAAUUAGCAACAUUACAAAUUGGACGGAAAUUCUUUCACAAUUUUCAUUUUCUGAUGAAGAAAAGAGCAACAUUGAGAAACUGAAAUUCCUAACACUGUCUCAGGUUUGGCGCGGUAUAAAAAUAUUUCCAGAGUAUCGUAGAACGAAAUAUAUAGCUCGCCCAGAGUUUGUAAAUGUGGCGGGUGUUCAUUAUGUGCACUCUUUUGUGAAGAACACGGGUUCUGUUUUAGUGAACGAUAAAUUGGCGCUAGUUCAUCAUUACAGAAACUAUCCCAAAAAAAGCAAGGUCAUCAUGGAUACGAGCAUUCUCAAGUUUAAGAAUCAGUUAUACCCACGGCUCGUACAACAGUGUCAACGAUUUCCAAGUAUCUUUAAGUAA